UCAAAACUAUAAACAAACAAGGAAAAUACCUAUCGUCUUCUUCAUCACACACACACACACACACACACACACACACUCUCUCCCUGAUCCAAACCCUAAUCUGAGAGAGCGAUGGAUCCUAACCCCAAAAGCUUCCCGAUUCUUUCCUAUGUCAUGGCACGAAUUCCCUCUCUCGGGCCUAGGCCCUCUCCUCUCACCUCCGAAAUUGACAUCGAACGGCCACCCACGCCGUACCCGAAGACGCCCUCCGACCCUUCUUCUUCUUCUUCCGUACAUAUUCUAAUUGAGGAACACAUGCCCCACCUCACCCGCCCGGGAGUUCUGGCAUCCAUGACCCGUGCCGUCUCCGACGUGGCCCAGGCCCGAUCCGUGCUCAACACCCUCGGCCCCCGCCCGGACCACGAGGUCGUUGACAAUGCUAGAGCCAGGCUUGCAGACGUUGAAGCCAACCUCUCCAAACAGCUCGGUGAAAUCGUGCUCUCGCCACGCCCGUCCGACGUCGACCGCCUCCAUUGGCGAGCGCACCUCUCGGAGCUUGAGAACGAGCGCAGGCGAUCGUCCGAGAAGGAGAAGCAGGUCUACAAGGCUAUAGUGCAGCUGGACGAUAUGCACGACGCGUACGAGAAGCUUCUGAAGGAGGCUGAGGAGAGGCUGGAGAAGAUUUACAAGUCAGCAGAGGCGACGGAGGGGGAGUAUUCUCCGAAAUAUGAGUAUAUUCCGGAAACAGAAGAACCGAACGAGGAGGUGAUUGGGAAUUUGGAGGCAGGGUCUGGGGAAGGAUUGGAGAGGGUCGAUUUGUCAAGUCGGAGGUUGAGGUUCUUGCCCGAGGCGUUUGGUCGGAUGCGAAGCCUAGUUGUGCUUGACGUUUCGAGUAAUCAACUUGAGGUCAUUCCUGACUCAAUAGCGGGACUAGAAAACCUUGAGGAGCUUAAUGCCUCCUCUAAUCUUUUGGGAUCACUGCCAGACUCGAUUGGCUUGUUGCAAAAAUUGAAAAUUCUUAAUGUCUCAGGAAACAAGCUAGGUGUCCUCCCUGACAGUGUCUAUCAUUGCAGGUCAUUGGUGGAGUUAGAUGUAAGCUUCAACAGCCUGACUUAUUUGCCGACAAACAUUGGUUAUGGAUUAGUAAAUCUUCAGAAGCUUUCGAUACAAUUGAACAAGAUUCGUUCCCUUCCCUCUUCUGUAUGUGAGAUGAAGUCUCUGCGCUGUCUCGAUGCUCACUUCAAUGAGAUCCAUUGCGUUCCAAUUGCAAUUGGAAGAUUGACUAAUCUUGAAAGUCUCAAUCUUAGCAGUAAUUUUAGUGACUUGAAGGAACUCCCUGACACGAUUGGUGAUUUGACCAACCUGAGGGAACUUGAUCUCAGCAACAAUCAGAUUCAUUCUCUUCCAGAUACAUUUGGUCGGCUUGACAAUCUGACCAGACUCAACUUGGACCAAAAUCCUCUUGUAAUCCCACCAGUAGAGGUUGUGAAUGAAGGGGUUGAAGCUGUCAAAGUUUAUAUGGCUAAGAGGUGGCUUGAGAUACUAGCCGAGGAAGAAAGGAAGAGCAUGCUUGAAAUGCAGGAACAUGCCCAGACCGGAUGGUUGACUCGCAGCACCUCCUGGUUGAAAACUUAUGUUUCGAAUGUUUCAGAAUAUUUGGCAUCCCCCAGGGGAUCUCCUAGAGACCCUUGUCUUGAUCAGCAGCUAUAAUGCUGAUACAAUAUUUUGAUUGCCCAAUUUCUUUUGCUCAAAUGCGAAGCUGGGGGGUUAGGGUCAAAAAGAUGGCUUUGAUCUUCUGCACUCUUCGUACUUUCUCUUCGAUAGUACAUACAGGCAUCCAGGCACACUUGAGUAUGUGGAGUAUCUACACGAUUUUAUUCAUUUUCCAGUUUCAGUUGUAUGGGGAUAAUAGUUUUGUAGAAAAUCUAGUGGACGUGGCCAUGAUCUGCCUUUUCUUUUUGAUGACAGUGUUGAUUACUUGUAAUUGUACAUUCACUACAACAUGGAGUAUCAAAUUUUGGCACUA